AUGGCUGUCGAGGGAGAGUCAAGUGUGAUGAGUGAAGCAGUAAAUGGACUGUUCGGAUUAGUGAGAGGGGAGUUGGCAGCAUUGAGGGGGGAGCUGGUAGUGGUCAGGGAGGAGGUGGCUCGACAGAAGGAGCGAGUGGCGAUGCUGGAUGGGAGGAACCAGGAUUUGGAAAAUGAGUUGAGGCGUGCACUGGGUGUUGUGGAAGAGAGGAGUGUGGCGACUGCUGCUGUGGUGGAGGAGAGGGGGAGAGAGGUGGCAGCAGUGAAGGGGGAUCUGUUUCGAAUCAAUGCAGAGUUGGCAGUAGUGAAUGUGAAUUUGACAGCAGUAACGGGGAAGGUGACUGCAAUGAAAGGGGAGGUGAAUGCACUGAAUUGGGAGGUAAAUGAAGUGAGGGGGGAGGUGAAUGCAGUGAAGGGGGAGGUGAAUGCAGUAAAUGGGGAGGUGAAUACAGUGAAAGGGGAGUUGAAUGCAGUGAAGGGAAAGGUGGGUGCAAUGAAGGGGGACGUCAAUGCAGCGGAGGUAGCUGAGCACAAGCAGUCAACUACAUUGCAGCUGGAGGAGGCUGAGUGUAGGCGAGUGGCGGAGAUGAGGGAGAUGCGAGGGGUGGAGGAGAGGGAGAGGAAGCUGGCAGCAGUGAAGAAAGAGUUGGAUGCUCACAAGAAUGCCCGCAUGAAGGUGGACGUUGACUUGCAAAUCAGGCAGAGUGAAGGCGAUCAGAAGACGGCAUGGCAGGUGGGUGUUGCGUGA